AUGAUCGUGAGACCUAUUGUUACUUAUGGAGCGGUGGUUUGGGCAUCGAAAGCAAAGCAGACUUCGAUAGGCCUUCAGCUAUCGAAGCUGCAGAGACUUGCCUGCGUCUGCGCCACUGGGGCAAUGCGCACCUGCCCCACCGCAGCACUUGAGGUCAUGCUAGAGCUCACACCACUCCAUUUGGUUAUCAAUCAGACUGCGAAGCAUACCAUGCUGCUUAUGACAGCAGAGGGGUAUGGUAAAGGGAAGUUAAUCUCGUCUCAACAAAUGAGGGCCUUAGAAGAUAACACGCCACUGGCCCUCCUUCCAAGAGACGGUAUAACGAAGAGAGUAAACUUUACGAAAAAGUUUAAAGUUACUCUCGGCAGUAAGGCGAACUGGAGCGAUUCCACACUUGACCAACUGCUGAGAGGUAGCACUAUUCAGUGGUACACUGACGGCUCGAAAACACCAGAAGGAAUUGGCGCUGGCAUUGCGGGACCGCACACCAAGCUUUCCAUUCCCAUGGGCAGUUUUCCAAGCAUUUUUCAGGCAGAAGUAUUUGCCAUAAGUCAGUGCGCAGUAAUAAAUCUCGAACGCAACUAUCGGAAUAAGAGUAUCGCAAUACUCAGCGAUAGCCAAGCGGCGCUAAAAGCGAUAUCGGCCUAUGAGAUACGAUCGCUAUUAGUGGAGGAGUGUAUAGGAAGGCUUAACCGCCUAGCAGCUUGCAACCGUAUACAUCUGAUCUGGGUGCCGGGGCAUAAAGGGGUAGCCGGCAACGAGCUGGCAGACGAACUUGCCCGCUCUGCUGCGACUACAAGAAUGAUGGGGCCAGAACCAUACAUUGCGGUAGGGCCCCAUACAAUAAAGGAACUGCUCCGCACGGAGGAGAGAUCGAGCAGAGACAGUCACUGGCAACAGACAGCAGGGAUGCGUCAGGCCAAACUGCUACUGGGAGGGUUCAACCUAGCCAGAACACAGGAACAAAAAGAACGGAAGCAAUAUAAUGGAGAAUAUUCGUAUUUCUUGGUGCGACGCCAAGCAGGCAAUAAAUUGGCAACGUUACUAGCGGCCAGUGUGCACAUAGAGGCAGAGUAG